CAACCAACAUGGCGGACUUUGAUACCAUUUAUGAGUUAGAAGACGACGACGACGAGCGCGUAGUGAUCGAAGAGCACUUGUCCAGAUACUACCCGGAGCCUGUGGUGAUGCGUGGGGCCGGUCACAUCACAGUGUUUGGGCUGAGCAACAGAUUUGACACCGAGUUCCCCUCGGUUCUCACGGGAAAGGUGGCGCCGGAGGAGUUCCGCACCAGCGUGGGCCGCGUCAACGCCUGCCUGAAGAAGAACCUGCCCGUGAACGUCAAGUGGCUCCUGUGCGGCUGCCUGUGCUGCUGCUGCACGGCCGGCUGCAGCCUGUGGCCCGUCAUCUGCCUCAAUAAGCGGACUAGACGCUCCAUCCACAAGCUUCUAGAGUGGGAGAAUAACAGAUUGUACCACAAGCUGGGCCUUCACUGGAAACUGAGCAAAAGAAAAUGUGAGAGCAGCAACAUGAUGGAAUAUGUGAUUCUUAUAGAAUUCUUACCUAAAUAUCCUAUAUUGAGACCCGACUGAGGACCGCAGCGUGGUCCUCUCCUCUCCAGUGCCUUGUCGGAAUGAACAGCUGUGCACCGUGCAGCCGCACGGCCCAAACACUGGCACUUUUGCUUUGGAGCGCAUUUUGCACAUUUUCUCCAGCCAACGAGACGCCCACCCCCCGUCCCCCACCCGCCCGUCCCUCCUCGUUGCACUCGUCUUAUUUCGUUAAACAUGGGAGGAAGAAGAAAGGCCAGAAAGCGCAUUUUUACCCCAAAGAAGCAUCAAGUCAGAUGUCGUCUUAUGUUAAUUUCUUCCACGCUAGGCUGGAUUCGUCCUCUUUUUUUGCAAGUCGAAGAGACGCUUGAAAUCGGAGCAAUCAGGGGUGUCCAAAGUGCGGCUUUUUUGGUAUUCAUCUUAAAAUACAAUUCGAGAUGUUCUAACAUGGAUGAAUUAGCACAACAUAUGAAUGGAUGAACUACAGGGGUGUAACCUUUUGAGGGCAGACAUUUAUUUUCACCCCUCUGACAUUGAAAUACUGUUCAGAACUUGAUCAUAUUCAUUAUUCCCCGAGACAGCCAAGAUAGAUGUGGUGGGGGAAAUAAUCGAUUUUUAGAUGCAUUGCAAUUCGGACAUUAUGCAGUCGAUUAGUAAACGUCAAUAAUCGAUGAUCGAUUUAUUUAUUAUAAAUAAAUAAUGCAGACAUUUUCAAAAUGUGUCUGACUGCAGCGAGCCACCUCACCGAGAGAUCCGACCGUCUCGUUUACUAUCGUGCGCUUUUGUUGCAGAUUUGCACACGUUUUCAUUCAUUUAAUAAAUGUGGGAAUUAAUUGUAACUGUUUCUUAUUCCAAAUGAGUUUUUUUUUUUUUAAGUUGGAAGUGAUAAACGUUUAUUUAGUGAAGCAAAAAGAAAUGUAAAACUGCAUCAACAUACAUAAAUUAAAGAUGCAUCAAUCGAUUUUUAAUCGAAUCGCAGCUCCUGAAAUCGUAAUCCCAAUCGGUUCGUGAGGUGCCCAAAGAUUCCCACUUCUAGUUAUGACGUCAUUGAGUAAUUUGCAUAAUUUGCUUUAAAAAGGCUUAAAAAAAUGUACACAUACAUUUAAAAACAAAUCUGUUUUUAACAUAUAUUUUAUAAUUUUGCCAUAUUUUCAAUUGCCGCUAAUUGCACUUUGUUGAGAUUUUGAAUGAAUUUUUUUGUUAAAAACAACUACCCUAUUUUUCGGAGUAUAAGUCGCUCCGGAGUAUAAGUCGCACCGGCCGAAAAUGCAUAAUAAAGAAGGAAAAAAACAUAUAUAAGUCGCACUGGAGUAUAAGUCACAUUUUUUGGGGACAUUUAUUUGAUAAAAGCCAACACCAAGAAUAGACAUUUAAAAGGCAAUUUAAAAUAAAUAAAGAAUAGUGAACAACAGGCUGAAUAAGUGUACGUUAUAUGAGGCAUAAAUAACCAACUGAGAACGUGCCUGGUAUGUUAACGUAACAUAUUAUGGUAAGAGUCAUUCAAAUAACUAUAACAUAUAGAACAUGCUAUACGUUUACCAAACAAUCUGUCACUCCUAAUCACUAAAUCCCAUGAAAUCUUAUACGCCUAGUCUCUUAUGUGAAUGAGCUAAAUAAUAAUAUUUGAUAUUUUACGGUAAUGUGUGAAUAAUUUCACACAUAAGUCGCUCCUGAGUACAAGUCGCACCCCCGGGCCAAACUAUGAAAAAAACUGUGACUUAUAGUCCGAAAAAUACGGUAGUAACAAAUCUAGCAUCUUUUUCUGGUGUUAUUAUAGAAUGUACUCGUGUUUAGAGACUACUUUAGAGGCGAGCUGCAGCGAGCAUGACGUCACACGCGUUGCUGCUCCAGUUGGACGUUCUCUCCUUAAAAGCCGCCACUGUCCUCUUAGUAUUUUUCAUUGUUUUUAUAUCUGGGUUGUAUUAAAAUUACAUCCACAUCACAGACAUGCUGACAACGCUCCAGACAAUGGCGUGCGUUUUGUUUACAUCCGGUUUCGGCAGUGCAGUUUGCAAUUAUAGUAUUUUUUUUGCUGGUUUGAGUUUUCGGCACAUCACUUGUCAAUAGUGCACAGAUAAUAGGAUAUAUGUAUCAAUUUAUACUGUAACGACCAGCUAAUGUUAAUGUUUUAUGUUCGUGUGGUUUGGAUUUGAUGUCAGUUUUUUCCAUGUCCGUGUCUGAAUGGUGAUUGGCGUAAAAUGAGGACGUGUUGUUGUGUGUCUGGGGAAGCGCGGGAGGUAAAACCUGUUGGAAUUGUGCCGAUAGAUUGAUUUAUACUCCUAAAUUUGAAGUGUAUCGAUCCGUGCUUGGCAAGUUUUCCUCCCGGAAGACAAACUUAGACUUAGACUUCCUUUUAUUGUCAUUCAAGAUAAAUAUUGAUUCAACAUUGUUUCAAAAGGGAAUCGAUUGAUUUUAUCGAUACUAGAAAAGGAAAACAUUAGAUUUAAGAAGGGCACACUUUAUACGAAGUGUAACACUUUUAAAAAUCAGGACGCCGUCCAAACAAAAAUGGCGGAAAACUACGGUGGCUGAGAAAGGUCACAGCAAACGCCAAAAGACGAUAUCAUUAAUUACAAGACAACAACUAUCCGCUACAGCACUGAAUCGUUUCGGAUCGAAUCGUUCAGAAAAAAGGAGAUGGUUCCUGAAGGGUAUGAACAAGCACAAAUAUCCAAUGAAGUGGUUGUUAAAACUCAAUGGUUACACCCCUGAGGAAUUAGCUCAGCAUAUGUUGACUUAAAGUGACGGUUUGCCCACAGAGCCCUAACUAUCCCAAGUGUUGUAAGCAUUGCAUCUCGCCCACUUCUGGCUUUCAACAUGUGAACUACACCCCACAUAACACACCCACACAAACACACACACACAGCUAAUUGGAAAAAAAGUUCUAUCGUUGAAUUAAUAUUUUAUCAUAACAUGACUGCAAAUUGUUUGUUGCCUCUCUAGGACUGUUUUUGUGAAGAGCAUAUACUACUGUAUA